AUGUAUCUCAUUGAAGCUAUAAACCACAAAAAUAACAAAAAACUUGAAAUAUAUCCUGAGUACUUGUUUAAGUCUACAGUUGUAUCAGAGAAAACAUUGUUGAAAUUUGGAGGGCAUGUAGAUUGUAAACCUAAAAAACAUGCAUUGUUCACCAUUAUUGAAGCCAAACAUGGAGGGAGAAUUGAUACUGGGGAGGCACAAACACUUGCAGAGUUGAUAACAUUAUUAAAAAAUAAGAAAGAUAAAAACAAUCAAAAUGCACAUGGAGUUUUAACAGAUGGAAUGAAAUGGAUAUUCUAUUGUGCCACUAAUGAAGGAUAUUUUCAAAGUGAUUUAAUCAUUGAUACUCAUUUGAUAUUUAAUAUUCUAAGACAUUGGAUCCAUGGAAAAGUACCAAAUUGGGUUGCAGAAAGAGGAUCUCAAUUAUUUGAGCCAUUUUAUUUGUUAGACACUGUGGAUGUGAAUACCAAUUUUAAAAAAGUACCCACAUUGAAAGAGUCUGAAGAUCCACAUCAUUUUUUUCAGUAUGGAAGACCUUUGUGGGAUACACUAUUAUCACCUAGUGGUACUGAAGGAUUCAAACCAGAACGUAUUAUUGAAUUAGCCAUGGAUAAGCUUAUUGGUGGGAGGUCUUUCAUUCUUUGGAAAAAAGAAGCUCAAAACAGAAUUACUAUUAUGGAAACUUUGGCUAUCUUUGGACCUCAUUUAUGUAUUGACAUAGUGCCACAAUCUAGAUAUGCAUCUCAUUUAAUAGCAAGUUAUAUGCACCAUUGUCUUGAUAUCUCAGAAGAUCAUGAAUGCAUUAUUACAUCAAUGCCUACUGAAUCUGUGCUGGCAGAAGCAGCUGCUCGGAUAAUGAAUGAUUCAAAUGUCAACCUCACAAAACUUAUUAAUCAGCUCUCAUCAGCACUCAAGAAAGGUGUAGUAGAGGCUGAUGUUGGCAAUGAUUAUUCUCAUUUUGUGACUAUGAAUGAAUUUUUAAAAUCACUACUUACAGAUGAUGUUUAUAGAAGAAUAGAGAAUCACCUUGAAGAACAAGUAAAGUUUACAGGAACAAAGUUUGGUGAAGCAUACAUUAAGUUUACACACUUUAUCAAUAUUACAUAUACACCAGAUAGGAAAAGUCUCAGCACUCUUCAUGAAAAGUUUAGCAAAGAUCAUAUUUCAUAUGUACUAAUACAAGUUAAAAAUUGGUCUACAGAUAAUAAUAAAGGUGAUGAUUAUCCGCUCUCUGUAACAGCUUCACUGUCACCAGCAUAUAUAGGCAUUGAGGAACUUCCACAUAUUCCAUUUUUGUCAUUGUAUUUGCAAUUAGGUGCAACAAAAGAGUUUAUUGAAGUUCCAACAGAAUUUUUUAAAUCACCUCAAACAUGUCAAAUUGCUUUGUGCAAGCAUAAAAUUGAAGAAGUUUUGAAAGAUUAUCAAACAGAUGAUGAUAAAACAAGAGAAAAUUUUAUUAAGUUUAGAAUUGAUGACAAUAAUGAUGUCUCAAAUGCUGAAAUCACAGCAUUCCAUGAACAUUUUCAGAUGCCGCUUGCAUUAUUUGGAUUAUCUUCAAAUAUCUAUAGUUGUUUGAAACAGUUUACAUCAAAUCCCACAACCUCAUCAUUAGAUCUCACAAGUAGCUUUAAGCAAUUAUUGACUGCUUGGGUUGAUCCCACACUGGGAGAAUGUCCAGAAAAAAUGAAGAUAAUUAAACAUAUGGAACCAUGG